CAAACUGGAUUCUGCUACAAUCGGACGUGCAAGACUGCCUCGCCAUGCCAAAGCGGACACUUCUCCCAGAGAGCCCUAACACCACUGUUAAGGUCCUGUGCCUCCUAGCCGCUUUCCUUGGCAACGCCAUGGCCGUCUACAUCCCGUCGUACGGCGUGCCGGUGGCUGGCUACCCCGGCGUUUCUGUGACCGGCUACCCCGGCGUGCCAGCUGUCAUGAGUGUGCAUGCCGCCCCCGUUACCGCACUGCAGACCGUCCACCAGGCGGUGCCAGGGGCACCCACGGUCCACAACGUGGCUACCCCGUACGGCUACCGCACAACCGGCGUUAGCUACAGCCACAGAGUCGACGCCCGGCCAGUGCGCGCAGGCUACACGUACGGCCUCACGCCUUACGGCCUCGACUACGGAUACGGACUUGGCGCCUAUGGAUACCCCACCGUGGUCAAGAAAUGAGACAAGAUAAAGCUUUGAAGUGUGUUUCUUCUUCAAAGUGUUCCGAAAAACGACUGCAGCGAGCCACCACGAGGAGUACGGUGCCUUGAGAAGUAUGCCGCGUGACACUUUUCCACCCUGAAAAAGAAAUAAAC